CCCGGCGGCAGUUUGUACACAGUAACACAACUACUUGGGUGUUUACAAGGGGUAAAUAAAUUGAAAACAAGGGGAUAAUUUGCAGAAAACGAGGGACUAAUUAUUAGCAAAUUAGGGGCGAAGAUAUAAAAGUUUUUAAUUUUUUUUACCUAUUUUAUGUUGUCGCUGACAAGUUAAAUGGGUUAUGCAUCUUAUCUUGUGGGCGAGUGAAUGAACCGGAUCGAUACAGCGCAGUGCGCAGGUCCCUUCAGCUGGCCGACAUUACAGUCUACAGUGAUAAGUGAUAUGUUACCAAACCGCUGCCUCUAAACGAUGUAAUGUCCCGUGUAUGCGGGCGGCAAGGUCUGUGGGCGCUGGCACUAUUGUGCCUGCUGGCGCCCUCACAUGCCGAUGGUAACAUAGGCUGUUUGUUCAGCCAGUCUCUGUGCAUUGAGGGCGUGGAGUGGUGUUACGAUGAUUUCGCCUUCGGCAAAUGUAUACCGAUAUACGACAACGAUCCAGAGGAAGGAUCACUCUAUCAAUAUGACAUGAGUUCCACCCAGCUGCAAUGGUUCGAGAGGCAGCUGCAGCAGCUGGCCUCGCGCGGGUACCGCUGGGAGCACGCCUACACUCAGUGCGUGCUGCAGAGCAUGCUGUAUGCUCUACGUCAUCAUCUAAAUCCGGCAAAUGUGAAUUCAAAACUUUGUGAUCAUUUCGUCGAUCCAAAGUUGAACACAGAUGCUCCGGAAGAGAAUGUGGAUGAAGAAAUUGACCCAGACUCAACAGCUUUUGUUCGAUUCACUCCAAAUAAUGCACGAAUCGACACAGACUUUGCAAAUGAAGUUUACAGCCCACCUUUGGAACCAGAGGAAGACCCUGCAUCAUUUUUAAUUCCUAAUGUACCCAUAAUUAAAACUGAAGAAGACCCCGAUAUUGAAGAAACUCCAAGUGAUAAGCUAAGAGAUUUAUUAAUGAUGGGAGAGGUAGACGAAUCUCCUGUAAUAGCACCUUUUGAAGGAUUUAGAGAACGUAUGCGGGAAGAAAAUUUAAGAAAUCAAGAUGUAAAAGAUGAGUUUAGCGAUGAAUUAGCAGACAAAGAAAAGAAAUCUUUGUUACCGAAAUCUGAAAAUGAAAAACCAAGCAAUGAAAUUGAGGAAGAGCGCUUAGGUGCUCAUUUUCGUAAAUCAAAAGUAAAACCCUACACCGCUGAAUAUCUCACAGCCAAUAGAUUUUCACCUUUGGACGAAGAAGUUCGUUCGAACGCACUAGAAAAAUACAAACAGAGUUUCGCUGAAAAGAAUUUUCCUUUCGAAUAUGAGAACCCCGGUGAAAUCCAAGAGCAGCGUAUUUACUUUGAUGAAGAUGGCGCAGAAGAAUUUCCACUAGAUGCUGGAAGUGGAGAAUUGGAUCCUUACCACUUGAAAGAUGACAAGCCUCCUAAUUCCAAAAAUUUGGAUUAUUUAAUGAAUUAUUGGCGGGAAAUUGUAGAUUCCAAGCUGAAACCACAGGAAGCACUGUACGCUGAAGGAGGACCUUUGGAAGCAGAAAAUAUUCAAGGUGAAAAUUCCAAAUUUUACUUAUCAGAAGAUUUACAAGAUAUGCUUAAUAGAGAGUGGGGCUUUAUGCGUAGGGAAAGAGAUGAUGUUAAAAAGCCUGGGCCGCGUCUGGACGCAAAGACUUUAAAGAUAUUGUACAGCAAUAAAUCGGUGACAGGUCAAGAACCGGUAGUUAUCGAAAAUGUCAGGAGUAACAACGAUCAUAAUCAUAACGAUUACGAUUACGACCCAUCUUAUGCUUACGUUAAGUUUCAAGACAGGUUCUUGAAGAACUGGGAAAAAGGAAUAUCGUUUAUCACCAAACUUGAAGAGAUGCUUGGAUUAGAAAAGGACACAUUUACUAAUCCAAGAGUUGAUCCAAGUGAAGUAACAUUUAGAGUUGAAAAGAAUAACAAGGGCUACGAUGCAGCUGAAGUAGCAAGACAAAUUGACACUAUAAAGGAACAAGUGCGAAGAGAAACAGGUGCACUUAUAAAAUCUACUGGCGUUGGUGAUCGAAGCAAGUACCCAGUAGUACGUCACACUGACAUGUCAGAGCCACAGCUGUUUGGACUGGACCUGCCAGUGCUACUGGCGUUGACGGGCAGCUUGACUGUGCUGAUCGUGGGUGCGGUGGUAUUCGCUAUACUGCUCAAACGCGAUAUGGCUGCCAAGAGGAAGCUGCAGGGUCUAGCUUCGGCUGCUGACAUUGAUGCUGAAGCAACCAGAGAUUACCAGGAGCUCUGUCGUGCACGAAUGUCAGGCAAAUGGUCUGGUCAGCAGACGGCGGCGCCGCACCCGGCGGAGCCUCCGCAGCGCAUCACCUCCCUGUCCAGGGAACCAGAUGGGAACUCCCCCUCGACAAGAUCCAGUACAUCCUCUUGGAGCGAGGAACCAGCGCUGACCAAUAUGGACAUAUCAACAGGACACAUGGUCCUUGCUUACAUGGAAGACCACCUCCGGAAUAAAGAUCGUCUGGAGCAGGAAUGGCGGGCUCUCUGCGCGUAUGAGGCGGAGCCCUGCGCCACCACCGCUGCCCUAAAGCCAGAGAACACGGGCAAGAAUAGAUACAACGACAUCCUACCAUACGACCACUCCAGGGUCACCUUGAACACUCUGAGCAACCAUCUCGGCUCGGACUAUAUCAACGCUUCUACUAUUACGGACCACGACCCCCGGAACCCCGCGUACAUCGCAGCGGCGGGACCCUUAGCGCACACUGCGCCCGACUUCUGGCAGAUGGUGUGGGAGCAGGGCAGCGUCGUCACCGUCAUGCUGACCCGCCUCACCGAGAACGGCCAGCAGCUCUGCCAUCGCUACUGGCCCGAGGAGGGCUCCGAGCUCUACCACAUCUACGAGGUGCACCUGGUGAGCGAGCAUAUCUGGUGCGACGACUACCUGGUGCGGUCCUUCUACCUGAAGAACCAGCGCACCGGGGAGACGCGCACCGUCACCCAGUUCCACUUCCUCUCGUGGCCCGACAACGGCGUGCCCGCUAGCACCAAGGCGCUGCUGGAGUUUAGGAGGAAAGUGAAUAAGUCAUACCGCGGUCGAUCAUGCCCGAUUGUAGUCCACUGCAGCGACGGAGCGGGCCGCACGGGCACGUACUGCCUCAUCGACAUGGUGCUGAACCGCAUGGCGAAGGGCGCCAAGGAGAUCGACAUCGCGGCCACGCUCGAACACAUCCGCGACCAGCGCCCGCGUACUGUGGCCACCAGGCAGCAGUUCGAGUUCGUACUUAUGGCCGUCGCUGAGGAGGUUCACGCGAUCUUAAAGGCCCUCCCAGCUCACCUGCAACAGCUGCAGGAGAAAAAGGAAAAAGAAAAGGAAAAGGACAGCACCGACAAGGACAAACCUAACUAAUGCACACGGCUUUUGCUAACGAUUUUGUUACUUAGUUGUAAGCGACAUGGCUCUAGAGUACCAAAUAUUAGAAUAGACCUUUUAGUUACACCACAUUGUUUCAUCACAGUCACCGAUUAUUUACUUGAGUAUAAUAAUAUAAUAUUGCUUUUCAUGUAGAAGAUGACAGUCUCAAAGAUAUAUUAUAUCCAAUUUUUAGAGACUUUAGACUCGGAUUGUUUAAAUCUUAUGCUUUGUCUGCGAUGUUGUUUACUUAAAUGUUUAUAUUACAUAUUAUUGUCGUAUUAUAUUUAAUGUUGUAUAAUCGAAAAUUGAAGACUUGUAAGUCAUGUUGAUGUUAAUAGUGUCUAAAUAACGUUUCAAAAACUUUACUUCACUUUGAAUUCAACACUGAUGAAAAUGGUCAAUUCGAUGGUGUCUAAACUUUACUUUUAGCGUUUUACAACUUAUUUAUCCGGCAGGAGUGUUUUGUAUCUAUAUAAGAUAUCUUUUCGACCAUCACCUCCAUCUAGAGAGAUUUCCUAGCAAGAUUUCUUUUGUAAAAAGAUUAUUUUGUCAUCUAGUCCUCGUUAACUAUAUCAAACUUUUUAAAACGUACUUAAUUAAGUAUCAUUGUACGUCUUAAGUAUUGCAUAUUUCCUGAUUCCUAUACUCUCACGAACACUUUAGGUGGCCAUAUUUUUAUGAAGCUUAACAUUUUGCCAAACUAACAAGUUGCGUCUUUCUAAUCAUAUCCUGAUAACGGAAUACCUGAGAAGAUAAUCACGUAAAGAAGACCUAAUAUUUACAAUCUGUAGAAUACAACCUACUAUAGAACUAUCGAUGUAUAAGAUUUAUAUAUUUAUUGCAAACUAAAUGAAAAAAAUGUAAAAAAAAUAUUACUUACUACAAAAGAAACCAUUGUAGUUUUAGAUUUUAAGAGAAAAUAUAUUUAACCGUAUUUCUGUAUGAAAUUAUAUGUAGUUUUUAUGUGGA